AUGUCAUCCCGACACGCGAAACGUUCCCAUGGCGGCUCGUCCAGCAGAGGCUCUCGUCGCUCAACCCAACAGAGUACAGCGCAACUGAUUGACUCUUUGAACACCCAUCGUAUCAACACUCUCACUGAACUUUGUCGAAUUGAACGAGUCGCUGCAACAGCGUCAGAGGAAGAGCAACUAGCCUUUCAAGAGCCGAUGACAAGUGCUUGGACUUACUAUGUCACCUCCAACAAUCUCCUCAACGAGCUUCGUGGUCUUACCCGGAACUACACUUUCAGUAGUGAAUGCCUGGACGACGCAAAGUGGAAAGUCAGCAACGACCCAGAGAGUAAUCGAAGCUGGAAUUACGCAUGGCUGGUGCUAGUCAAGAUGCGUGACGAUCAAAUGAUCGAGACGUAUGCUGCCAGUGAGGCUGCCAAACCCGAGAUGUGGGGUGGUCGCUUCCCUGACACCGAAGAGGCAUCGCAGCUAGCUGCUUGCUGUGCCUGGGAGUGGAACGAGGCCCUGGACCAGAUGCUUCGACAUUGGGAUGUGCCUCCUACCACAACUGGGUAUUAA